UUAGCUCCCGGGAGAGUGUGCCUGAAACAAGCCGUAGUGAGCCCAUGAGUGAGAUGUCUGGGGCCACCACUUCACUGGCAACUGUUGCCCUGGAUCCUGCUAGUGAUCGGACUUCUAACCCCCAGGACGUUUCGGAGGGUUGCAUACCACAAGGGCGUUGGAGAUUUUGAAGUUGGGCUUCACCAUUUACAAGCUCUGUGACUUUGGGCAAGUUUCUUGGCUAAAUGCAAUCAUGGUGUAAAGUUUCUAGUGCAAUGCAGAGAACAAAGUAGGUCUUUGACAAUAUCGGGUUCCUCUUGUCUUAGAAGUGGCAUCUCUUUGAGGAUUACAAACUGUCAUUCCUUCACUGUUAAAUAAAUUCAGCAUAGUUUUACAUGUCAGGUGGAAGGCAUUCCUAACAAAGCCUUUGUGUUACAUCAUCAACAUGGAAAUUAACACAGGGCUCAAUUUACUGAUUUCCCUGGCUGAGUGAAGAGGUUGGCCUCAUACUCCUGUAGUUAAAGUCAUCAACUGAGAACUUGAUACAGUUAACCAAUGAACUAGACCCAAGCGUUAAGUAUGUUAUUUUAGGUAUAUGCGGAAGGAGCUGUAUACUUCUUACUCAGAAGGAUUUCUUUGGAUUUUCUUUUUUCUUUUAAACAUAUUUAAGCUUCCUGUACAAAACAAAGUUCUGAACUCUUCCCUUUAAAUAUAGUUUGCUCUUUUAAACAAACUUGUAUUUUAGGAAAAUUAAUAUCUCUUCUUGGAUGUAUACAUUGCAGCAUCUUGAACGAUAUAUAAAAUAUGUAGGUGUCAUUAAAUAUUUGCUAAAUGUUUCCCCCUGAAGGAAAAAAAAUGAUUUGUAUGAGCUUUGAAAUAAAGUAACAACAAAAGCCUAACAAAUAGUCCAUUUUUUGUUUCUAAGUCGAUACAGUUUGUUUGUGAAAUGAACUGUUCCCCAGUCUUUCAUGUGAAAUAUGAGGGCAGAGGUUGAGAUCCUGAUGUGCACACAGGUAUGGCAGUGCUUUAAGUGAAGGAAGGUGCCGGUAGCACACAGUUGACAACAAUUCAUAAAUUCUGCCAUCUCCAGGUUUUGGCGGCUCUGGAAAAGCAGCCUGAACAGUUCUUGGGGUUCUUUAGGGUAAUAACAAUACGUAAGGGGUGGAGUGCUUAAUCCUCUCAAGUGAAUGAUAAACACUGAGGAAGGCGUGUCUUCUAGAGCCUCACUCCCUCGCGGCUGCAGGUCACGUGAGCGCCGAGUACUUCCCGAUUCCCAGCCACUGUCUCCCUUAGGCAGUGCUCAGUGUGAAAGGUGGAAAGCGCAGGCAGGCAGAGCGGACUGCGAGGAAGUUUAAACACAGAAAGCGAAGCAUUUCGAACUAUAACGAUGCCACACUUUACUGUGACUAAAGUAGAGGAUCCAGAGGAGGGGGCAGCGGCUUCGGUCUCCCAAGAGCCCAGUUUAACAGAAAUAAAAGCCCGGAUUCGGGAUUCAGAUGAUCCAGACCCGAAUCAGAACUCCAUCACAGGGGAACACAGCCAGCUGUUAGAUGAUGGCCAUAAGAAAGCUCGAAAUGCUUACCUCAAUAAUUCCAAUUUUGAAGAAGGAGAUGAAUAUUUUGAUAAAAACUUGGCACUCUUUGAGGAAGAAAUGGACACCAGACCGAAAGUAUCUUCUCUCCUUAACCGCAUGGCCAAUUACACUAAUCUAACACAAGGAGCAAAGGAACAUGAAGAAGCAGAAAACAUCACUGAGGGGAAAAAGAAGCCCACCAAGACUCCCCAAAUGGGUACUUUCAUGGGUGUCUACCUCCCAUGUCUACAAAACAUUUUUGGAGUAAUUCUCUUUCUACGCCUUACAUGGGUGGUGGGCACAGCUGGAGUUCUUCAGGCGUUUGCAAUUGUCCUUAUCUGCUGCUGCUGUACAAUGUUGACUGCUAUCUCCAUGAGUGCCAUUGCCACUAAUGGAGUAGUGCCAGCUGGGGGCUCAUACUUUAUGAUUUCCCGGGCACUGGGUCCCGAGUUUGGCGGGGCUGUUGGCCUCUGCUUUUAUCUUGGUACCACAUUUGCAGCAGCCAUGUACAUCCUUGGUGCCAUUGAAAUUUUUCUGGUAUAUAUCGUCCCCCGGGCUGCCAUCUUUCGCAGUGAUGAUGCACUCAAGGAAUCAGCAGCCAUGCUAAAUAACAUGCGUGUCUAUGGCACAGCCUUUUUGGUCCUCAUGGUAUUGGUGGUUUUCAUCGGCGUACGCUAUGUGAACAAGUUUGCCUCACUUUUCCUGGCUUGUGUCAUUGUGUCCAUUUUGGCCAUCUACGCUGGAGCCAUCAAGUCUUCUUUUGCCCCACCACACUUCCCGGUUUGCAUGCUGGGUAAUCGUACCCUUUCAUCAAGACACAUUGAUGUUUGCUCUAAGACCAAGGAAAUUAACAAUAUGACGGUACCAUCAAAGUUGUGGGGAUUCUUCUGUAACUCAAGUCAAUUUUUCAAUGCUACCUGUGAUGAAUACUUUGUUCACAAUAAUGUCACUUCAAUCCAGGGCAUUCCUGGGUUGGCUAGUGGUAUAAUUACAGAGAAUCUUUGGAGUAAUUAUCUACCCAAGGGAGAGAUCAUUGAAAAACCCUCAGCCAAAUCAUUUGAUGUCUUGGGAAGUUUAAAUCAUGAGUAUGUUCUUGUUGAUAUUACCACCUCCUUCACACUCCUAGUGGGGAUCUUCUUUCCCUCUGUCACAGGUAUCAUGGCUGGUUCUAAUAGAUCUGGAGAUUUGAAAGAUGCUCAGAAGUCUAUUCCCAUUGGAACUAUCCUUGCCAUCCUGACCACGUCCUUUGUCUAUUUAAGCAACGUUAUCCUUUUUGGUGCGUGUAUUGAAGGUGCUGUUCUCAGAGACAAGUUUGGGGAUGCUGUGAAAGGUAAUUUGGUGGUGGGCACAUUAUCUUGGCCAUCCCCGUGGGUGAUUGUUAUUGGCUCCUUCUUUUCAACAUGUGGGGCAGGACUUCAGAGCCUCACAGGUGCCCCAAGGCUGCUUCAGGCUAUUGCCAAGGAUAACAUCAUACCAUUUCUGAGGGUUUUUGGUCACAGCAAAGCCAAUGGGGAACCUACCUGGGCUUUACUUCUAACUGCUGCUAUUGCAGAGCUGGGAAUCCUUAUUGCCUCCCUGGAUCUUGUGGCCCCAAUUCUUUCCAUGUUUUUUCUCAUGUGUUACCUCUUUGUGAACUUGGCAUGUGCCUUGCAAACAUUACUUCGAACACCCAACUGGAGGCCCCGAUUCCGCUACUACCACUGGGCCCUCUCUUUCAUCGGAAUGAGUAUCUGUCUAGCUCUGAUGUUCAUUUCUUCCUGGUAUUAUGCCAUCGUAGCUAUGGUAAUAGCUGGUAUGAUCUACAAGUACAUUGAGUAUCAAGGAGCUGAGAAGGAAUGGGGCGAUGGUAUCCGUGGGCUGUCCCUCAGUGCAGCCCGGUUUGCUUUGCUUCGGCUGGAGGAAGGACCUCCACACACUAAAAACUGGAGGCCUCAGUUGCUUGUAUUACUGAAACUAGAUGAAGACUUACAUGUCAAGCAUCCUCGCCUCCUCACCUUUGCCUCACAGCUCAAAGCAGGAAAGGGUCUCACUAUUGUGGGUUCUGUCAUUGUGGGGAACUUCCUGGAGAACUAUGGUGAAGCUUUAGCUGCUGAGCAGACCAUUAAGCACCUAAUGGAGGCAGAGAAGGUAAAAGGAUUCUGCCAGCUAGUGGUGGCUACCAAGCUGAGAGAAGGCAUUUCCCACCUCAUCCAAUCAUGUGGCCUUGGGGGCAUGAAGCACAACACAGUGGUGAUGGGCUGGCCCAAUGGUUGGCGGCAAAGUGAAGAUGCUCGUGCUUGGAAGACUUUUAUUGGAACAGUUCGAGUGACAACUGCCGCCCAUCUUGCCCUGUUGGUAGCUAAAAACAUCUCCUUCUUUCCCAGCAAUGUGGAACAGUUUUCUGAGGGCAACAUUGAUGUGUGGUGGAUUGUGCAUGAUGGGGGGAUGCUCAUGCUUUUACCAUUCCUACUGAAACAGCACAAGGUGUGGCGAAAAUGCAGCAUACGGAUCUUCACAGUAGCUCAACUAGAAGAUAACAGUAUCCAGAUGAAAAAAGACCUGGCCACCUUCCUGUAUCAUCUGCGCAUUGAAGCAGAGGUGGAAGUGGUGGAGAUGCAUGACAGUGAUAUAUCAGCUUAUACUUAUGAGCGCACGCUGAUGAUGGAGCAACGGUCCCAGAUGCUCCGGCACAUGAGGCUAUCCAAAACAGAACGGGACAGGGAGGCACAGUUGGUGAAAGACCGGAAUUCAAUGCUACGACUGACCAGCAUUGGCUCUGAUGAGGAUGAAGAGACAGAAACCUAUCAGGAGAAGGUGCACAUGACUUGGACAAAAGACAAGUACAUGGCAUCCCGGGGACAAAAAGCCAAGUCAAUGGAAGGAUUCCAAGACCUACUUAACAUGCGUCCGGACCAGUCCAAUGUAAGACGAAUGCAUACAGCAGUGAAGCUCAAUGAGGUUAUAGUUAACAAGUCCCAUGAAGCAAAGCUGGUUUUGUUGAAUAUGCCAGGGCCACCCCGAAACCCUGAGGGUGAUGAAAACUACAUGGAGUUUCUAGAAGUACUCACCGAGGGACUAGAACGAGUCCUCCUUGUCCGGGGUGGUGGCAGUGAAGUGAUCACCAUUUACUCAUAAUCUGCUCCGGAAUGACUCUGCUUGGUCUUUCAUUUUCUAAAAGGCUUCCAUCCUCCAUGGAAAAGUGAUGGUUCUUAUUACCACACUCACUCAACUAGAGUCCUGUGUUCUGUACACGUAACACUGAACUUUUGAUGAGCUGAGCCUCCAGUACUUGUUCAAGAAUACUUAUAGAUCUGUUCUUGGCUCCCUUAUAAUGACAGAAGCAGCAAAUACUCCUUCAAUAUCAGAAGAAUGAUCAAGUCCCAAAACCAUUCAGUACCAAGAGAAGGCAAGUUAGGAUUAACAAAGCCAAUAAAUGGGAACCUUUUAGCACUGUUGAAGACAGCAGCAUGAUAAAAGGAAUGCUAGAAAUUCAACUAAAGACAAAAAGCAAGUUCACAGCCAACAUUAAAGAUGAGUCUCAGAAGUCAUGGUUCAAUGAUAACACCACAGGGGUAACUGCCAGAGACAGCCUUACCUUACUAAAGAAUUUGUGGCUAGGUGUAUGGGAGCCUAUUAUCCUUGUGAAAAUAACCAGUGGCAAGCCAAGAUGUAAACCUUUUAUAGCUAAUUAUUUCUUUAGUGUACCUUCUGUUCUCUAGGACUCUGUUAGGGUACAUAAUCUACAAAACACGAAACAUGGCAGCAGCCUCUCCUUCUCCCUCAAAAACAAGAUUGCCCCAGAAUGUCAGGUUUAAGUAUCUACACUGUGUCCAUGUAUAUUUCAGCUGUUUGUUUCUCUUAGCUCAAAACAAAUUCUGUGGUUGUAACACAGGCACUGUUACCACACACACACACAAAAAAAAAAAAAAAAAUUAGGAAAGGAUUGGUCUCUUUCAGGUUCUUUAAAUGGCUAAACUAAGGAAAUUCCAAGGAGUAGCUAUUAAAAUUUACCCAAGUAGUCUCUGGUUAUCUAUGCGACAAGGGCAAAAUAUACAAGCUGUUAUGUAGAAACAGGUCAUGAUGCACAUUGGCCACUAGGUUCUCCUUUCCUUCUUUUUAUGCCUCAAGUUACUAGGCCUGGAUCAAGAACCCUUGAGGAACAAAUACUAGGAAGACUGGCUAAUAUCAUUCUCUGAAAGCUCUGGACUGUCUUUAAAAGGGGGAAUUCAGCAAUGGAACUGGAAGUUCUAGAGCCAUACCGCUUCCAUAGUGCCAAAGUUAUCAAGCUGCUACUCUCCUUACCUACUUAAAAAUGCAUACAAAUUGACAAUGGCCUGAUUCAAGAAAAUUUGUUUUCACUAAGUAAUCUAUGGCCUCAUCCCUAAGGUUAUAGUUAAGACUUGAGGCACUCAACUAAAUGGCCCAAAUACGAGCAUUUCCCCCCUUUUCCUUUUAUUCUUCAUUCUGACUGAAGAAAUUUGGCUCUGAAGUAUUAUCCAAGCCACCAGUCUUCUUUUUUUUUUUUUCCAGAAAGUUCUAAAUGUGCCAAGGAAAUACUUUUACAAACUCAUCUUUUUAUUUACUAAUUUACUUAUCACAAAACACCUGGCUUAUCAGCAUAGGGAAACUAUGUGUGUGGCUAAGCAGUAAUUUCAAAUAUGUGAAAUUUUCAUUUCUUGUACAAGAUGGGUAUUUAAGAAACUGUCUUCUUGCCUGUAUUCACAGCUGCUUUUAAUUUCACUUUAUUAAUGAUAAAUAGUGCCACUCUUUUUUGAUUACCCAGUGAGAUUUGGAAUAAGCUCUCAGUCACAAAUAAUUCUUUUGACACACAGGGACAAAGAAGAAAAUCGUUCAGUAUGGCUUAAGAAAUUAAGUCAUUUCCUUUUGCUCUUCUUUCAAACUUCAGACCCAUUUGUGGGUAGCAAAGCAGACAGUAUGUCUUUUUUUCUGCUCCUUCCUGCGGGGAAUAGAAAUUUUGUUUACAACUCCCAUUGCAACACUCCACUGCUUAGUUGAAUAUAGUAGUAAUGGGUCAGGUCCCCUAGGACCUAAGAUCUUCAAGACUCCAAUACUGUAAAGGUCAUCCUGCCCAGGAAUUUCCCAAAAUUUACACAUACUCCUGGCCAAAGUUAUAUACAUAUUUUUCCUAUACAGAAUAAAUAUGGGCAGAAAAUAAGGUAAUUUUAGAAGUGCUAUUUGUGGUUGGAACUCUGUAAGAAUCUUUUAAAGGGAGGAGGGAAUUAGUGACUUAUUAACAAUGCCACUACCUUAAUCCCUAAAAUACGAAAUCACUGUUACAUGGAAAAAUGGUUAUUAGGCCAGAUUUAUAUUCAUCUGUCUAGAGCAUUUCACGUCUAUGUGUUGCUUAUGUUGUCUGUCUACAAAAUGUCUUGUCUGGUUUAAUCACUGCAAAUAAAGCAAUACUGAAAACUUGAUGAGAGAAUGCACCUUAGGGGAAGGGGCUUUUGUUUCAAGAGGGAAGACAAAGACCUCCUGCUUUGGGGGCAAGAUCCAGCUUUUAAGUCUUACCAGGGCAGGAUAAUAUAUAAUUUCUCCUACUGCUGGCUCUCUGCCUUCCGUAGCUAUCUUAAAAGCUGAAGUUUGAACUGCAGUGUCUGUUUGACAGGUUCCUUGUGGCAGGAGAAAGAUCACUGCUCUUUAUCUUCCAUUGACUCUGAUCUUUGUGGCCCCAGGGAUCCCACCAAUCCUCAUUCCCCCUAAACAUGAUAAAAAUUCUUUAUUGUGUGUAUUAAAAUAACAAUUACACUGUAAGCAUAUUUGUGUCCUUUUUUCUGGUUUAUUUUUCUUUUCAUCAUGUAUAAUUUGAAUCCAGCAUUAGUUCCAUCCAUGAGUGUCUCCAACAGAAUUUUUAUGUCCCAACUUGUGUUAAAUAGAAGUGAACUAUUAAGGAAAAUAGAUUUAUUAAAGGAAAUUUGUGAAACUUUUAAGUAUUGUUUUCAACCAUUUAAUUUAUUAAAAGGAGAUGCUGCUACGGCUUUUGAUUUAGCAGCAACCACUCUUUUGUUUACAUAGAGUUCUGGUUUUAUUUGUUUUGCUCUGUACUGCAAACAUAAAUAAAGUUUUCUACAUUAUUUUCAGUCA